GGAAGGUAAAGCGGUGACGGCGGCCGGCCGCGAGAGUGGAGGCUUCCCCGAUAGAGCUGGGGCACUCGGCACGGGACUCAUUUACUACUUCACGGUUGAACAAAUGUAUGAAAGUUUCUUGCCAACUUUUGAGAAUUUCUUCGUUGGGAUAUUUUUUUUUCUGCUUACUGAAUAACUUGUUUCGAAGUUCCUUUUUUGGUGCCAUGUUCUGUGGCUCGCAUCAAAAGAGGCGUUUGUCUUCAUGAAGAUUCCUAACAUUGGUAAUGUGAUGAAUAAAUUUGAGAUCCUUGGGGUUGUUGGUGAAGGAGCCUAUGGAGUUGUACUUAAAUGCAGACACAAGGAAACACAUGAAAUCGUGGCAAUCAAGAAAUUCAAGGACAGUGAAGAAAAUGAAGAAGUCAAGGAGACAACUUUACGAGAGCUUAAAAUGCUUCGUACUCUCAAGCAGGAAAACAUUGUGGAGCUGAAGGAAGCUUUCCGUCGGAGAGGGAAACUAUACCUGGUGUUUGAAUAUGUCGAGAAAAAUAUGCUUGAAUUGCUGGAAGAAAUGCCAAAUGGAGUUCCACCUGAAAAAGUUAAGAGCUAUAUCUACCAACUAAUCAAAGCUAUCCACUGGUGUCACAAGAACGAUAUAGUCCACAGAGAUAUAAAGCCUGAAAAUCUCUUAAUCAGCCACAAUGAUGUCCUGAAACUAUGCGACUUUGGAUUUGCGCGGAAUCUCUCAGAGGGUAAUAAUGCAAAUUACACCGAGUAUGUGGCUACAAGGUGGUACAGAUCCCCAGAGCUGCUACUUGGAGCCCCCUAUGGAAAGUCAGUGGACAUGUGGUCAGUGGGUUGCAUUCUUGGAGAACUUAGUGAUGGACAGCCAUUAUUUCCUGGAGAAAGUGAAAUUGACCAACUCUUCACUAUUCAGAAGGUGCUAGGACCACUUCCAUCUGAGCAGAUGAAGCUCUUCUACAGUAAUCCUCGUUUUCAUGGACUCCGGUUUCCAGCAGUUAACCAUCCUCAGUCCUUAGAGAGAAGAUACCUUGGAAUUUUAAAUAGUGUCUUACUUGAUCUAAUGAAGAAUUUACUGAAGUUGGACCCAGCUGACAGAUACUUGACAGAGCAGUGUUUGAAUCACCCUACAUUUCAGACCCAGAGACUUUUGGACCGGUCUCCCUCACGGUCAACGAAAAGGAAACCUUAUCAUGUGGAAAGCAGCACACUGUCUAAUAGAAACCAAUCCACCAAGGGUGCCGCUUUACAAACUCACCACAGAUCCAACAGCAAGGAUAUUCAGAACUUAAGUGUGGGUCUGCCCAGGGCUGAGGAAGGCCUGCCUGCAAAUGAAAGCUUCCUAAAUGGAAACCUUGCGGGAGCAACUCUCAGCCCAAUGCACAGCAAAACCUACCAAGCAAGCACCCAGCCUGGCUCUUCCAGUAAAGAUCUCACCAACAAUAACAUACCACACCUUCUCAGUCCAAAAGAAGCCAAGUCCAAAACAGAGUUUGACUUCAAUAUUGACCCAAAGCCUCCAGAAGGUCCAGGCACGAAGUACCUCAAGUCCAGCACCAGAUCUCAGCAGAACAGGCACUCCUUCAUGGAAAGCAGCCAGAGCAAAGCUGGGACCCUGCAGCCUAGUGAGAAGCAGAGUCGGCACAGCUAUAUCGACACCAUCCCCCAGUCCUCCAGGAGUCCAUCAUACAGGACAAAGGCCAAAAGCCAUGGGGCGCUGAGUGACUCCAAAUCUGUGAGCAACCUUUCAGAAGCCAGAGCCCAAAUCACAGAGACUAAUACCAGUAGAUACUUCCCAUCCAGUUGUUUGGACUUAAACUCUCCCACCAGCCCAACCCCGACCAGGCACACUGAUACGAGAACUUUGCUCAGUCCUUCCGGUCGAAAUACUCGAAACGAGGGCACUCUGGACUCGCGGCGAACCACCACCAGACACUCAAAAACCAUGGAGGAGUUGAAGCUGCCUGAACACAUGGAUAGCAGCCAUUCACAUUCGCUGUCUGCACCUCAUGAAUCAUUUUCCUAUGGGCUAGGCUACACCAGCCCCUUCUCCUCCCAGCAGCGUCCUCACAGGCACUCCAUGUAUGUGACCCGGGACAAAGUGAGGGCGAAAGGCCUUGAUGGAAGCCUGAGCAUAGGGCAGGGGAUGGCGGCCAGAGCCAACAGCUUGCAGCUCUUAUCACCCCAGCCUGGAGAACAACACCCUCCAGAGAUGACUGUGGCAAGACCUGUUAAAGAAUCCUCCCGAGAAGGCACCUCUUCAUUCCACGCCCGUCAGAAGUCUGAGGGUGGAGUAUACCAUGACCCACACUCUGAUGAUGGCACCGCUCCCAAAGAAAAUCGGCAUCUGUACAAUGACCCUGUCCCAAGGAGAGUUGGUAGCUUUUAUAGAGUGCCAUCUCCACGACCAGAUAAUUCUUUCCACGAAAAUAAUGUGUCCACUCGAGUUUCUUCUCUGCCAUCUGAUAGUAGUUCUGGCACAAAUCAUUCAAAAAGACAAACAGGAUUUGAUCCAUGGAAAAGUCCUGAAAACAUUAGUCAUUCUGAUCAACUCAAAGAAAAGGAGAAGCAAGGUUUUUUCAGGUCAAUGAAAAAGAAAAAGAAGAAAACUCAAACAGUGUCCAACAACGAUGGUCCUGAUCUAUUGACUUUACAGAAAGCCAUUCAUUCAUCUAGCACUGCAAGCAGCAGACCAAAGGAGUGGCGACCUGAGAAGCUCUCAGAUCUACAGACCCAGAGCCAACCACUGAAGUCCCUUCGGAAGCUGUUGCAUCUGUCUUCAUCAACCAAUCACCCGGCUUCUUCAGAUCCUCGGUUCCAGCCCUUAACAGCUCAACAAGCCAAAAAUUCCUUCUCAGAAAUUCGGAUUCACCCUCUAAGUCAGGCCUCUGGUGGGAGCAGCAACAUCCGGCAGGAGCCUACACCAAAAGGCAGACCAGCCCUUCAAUUGCCAGGAGUCUGGCCUGGUUGUCCUGUGAGAGGUUCCACCAAGCCGCUGACGCAGAGAGAUGCAGGCACCCAGCGACAAGCAAUGGAUGGAGCUUGGGGACCCUUAUUGAAGAAUAGGAGGAAGGACUGCCGGCCCCAAAGGGGACUGGAACUCCACAGAAACACCAACAGAGUCAACAAUCCUGGACCCUUGGGGCUCUCAAAGAAUGAACCACCAACCAAAGAUCAUCCUUCUUAAGGCAGGCCUGGUGGAAACACUCAAUAUCAACAUCCAGAUCGAGCAAGCGGUGUUCUUGGCGUUCCAUGAGAAACCGAAACAGUGACCGACAAACACCUUCUAGAAGUUUGAGCCUAGUCCUGCUGCUGUGACCCUCUUCUUUCACAAAACAGCCAGUUAAUGUGACGAACCGACCAUUUCACACUGACGUGGUUUUCUUUCUUUCUACCUGAAAAUAUCUGUGUUGCUAGAAGAAAUAGACUAUAAAGAGGACGCUUAUGCUAGGAUACUGUUUC